AUAUUCUAUGUUAUGUUUACAAAAUUUCAAGGUCAUGUCAUGACAUAACCUAUUUUACUAAACUCAACAAAGAUUUGAAAUUUUGUUGUAGAGCGGGAAAAUAAAACAUUAAAAAUGCAAGUGAAAGUAUCUGAGAAUUUUUUUAAUCGUGUUACAAAUUCAUUUACAUUGCCGAUAACUACUCGAUGUGCAGAACUUACAGUUCUAUUGGAUAGGGCUAGUCUUGUAGAAUUGCAGAGUAUUUUUCCGUAUCUAAUAGAUAACAUUUUCGCCCCUCAAGGAGGCACAACAGGUUGGGGUUUGAGAACAACACCAGAAUGUAUUGGAGAAAAUUUCAAGCAGCUUCGGCAUUUUUUAUCUCCCUGUGGGCCUCUUUUCAAAUGUAUAUAUGCUCUUCUGAAAGACACAUCUACUAAAUAUGACUUUCCUGUAUCUUAUUUACCUCUCAAAGUGAGGAAUAUUUUGGAGAGUGAAUCUAAUCAUCCAUUUUAUUCAGAUCUAAUACAGAUAUCCCAACAAUCAAAACAAAUAUCUCUCAGUUUAAAUCCCUUUGAUUAUUAUAUUUUUCAUUUUGCGUACUACUUAAUAAAUCCUUGGCAUCAGAAAUCUCCUGUAAAUGUUAAUUAUUCUUGGAAUACAGUGUACUAUGUUCUGUGCUGUGAUUAUAUAUUACAUUUUCUACCAACUGAUCCGAAGACUCCCAUAUUACCGUUAAUUAAUUACAAUGGAAAAAAUCCUUUCCAAGUUAUGCCACAAAUCCAUAGACCUCAAUAUGUUCCUUCUCUCAUAUCAGCAACUGUUUGGAAUAAGACAGGGGAAGAUUAUACAUUUCAUCAGAAUUUAGAUAAACAUCCUAGAAAUGAAAUUUGGAGAAGUGAAACAAUUUUGACUGUGUUUAUAGAUUUGUGGUUGAACAAUGACCAAAUCAAUCAGCCAAUUCAAAGUUUAAAUGGUUCAUUCAAUAAUCCUCAAGCAGUGCCACGUCUUCACUACAAUGAACUUCCAUCUGGAGAGUAUAUGAGAAUCGUGAGAGUUUUCAUAAAGCAGAUACAUGCAUUUGCUACCAGUGCAAAAGCAGAUGACACACAUUUGGGCGAACUGAAGAAAAUAACUAUACCCAUGGUACAAGGAAAAUUUUAUGUUUUCAUUAGGAAUCUCAUACACCGAUGGCCUUUGGAUGGAUCAUUCAGACUUGUUUUGGAAUUAUGGUUAACUUACAUUCAGCCCUGGAGAUAUCCUCCAGACAGUCUGGGUAAACAUCUUAAUCUGAAACAAACAAAUCCCGAUGUUGAAGAUGUUACGCUCUCCCAAAAUACUCCCGUUGAACGUGAAUGGUUACCCUUUAUUGUUGAUAAUUUAUUAGCCUAUAUAGUGAUAUUUCAACAACUUCUACCAAGGUUUACACGUGUUGAUUUAAUCAGCCCAAAAAUGGCCAUCAUGCUUUAUAGAAUCACAAAGGUCUUCAAUCAGCCCAAUCUAGUAGAGUUGCUCAAAGAAGUUGAACGUUGUGUUGAAAACAAUACAUCACCUUCACAUGGCUAUAAUUCCCAAUGGUCCAAUGUUUUGCCGCCUCUUAUACAUACAAGUAUGUGGUCUACGAACACAUCAACAUCUAAUAACACUUAUGAGUGUAAUGCUAAGCAGCUAUUCACUCCCGAUUCUACAAACUCGAGCGUGUUAUGUAACAGUUAUUUUCAUGGAGACAAGAAGUGGGCUUGUAUUCUGAGACAGAAGAUCUAUGAAUUGGAGGGGCCCAACUUCUACUACAAACCACUGUUCACUAAACCACCAGCACAAGAGGUUUAUGAUGUAUCUCACCACAUUUCCCGAUCAGUUAUGGUAGCCCAAGACAUAAUAUGCGUCAAACAGCAAGAACAAGCGAUGCAAUAUGCUGGCAUUUGGGGUUUUUUCAAAUCUAUUUUCGAUUCAAAUAAUUUGAAUGAUGAGUUCACGCUAGAGGAAAGGAUGAAAGUUACGUCCUAUCUGGAAUUCUCUCUUCAGAAUCUGGUUGAGAUGUUCGAAAUUGGUGAACUAAAGGAGCAAGAACCGGAGAGCAGUUCUGUCAAUACAAGUUUUAACGCUUCAGAUGAUCUCAGCUUUCUGACCCCUUCUAAAGUGAGGGAAAGAAGGAACAGAAUUAAAUAUGAAGGUGAUCCUGAUUUGAAACCCAUUAUGACGACAGAGAACGCAUUUUUGGUCCGUUUACUGUAUCAUAUUGCGGUGAACAUAAAUGAAUAUUUUGGAUCGCAUUUUCAUCGUCUGUAUUAUGAUCCUUCUUUCAAAGGAAGAUUAGCUAGGCAGUUGUUGUGUGGACCAGUAACAGUUUUCAAGUACGAUAAGACAAAAGAAGGAUCGCCAAGGGUGCCAAAAAUGCUACCUCCAAGAGUAAGCUUUAGGCAAUUGGCCAGUUAUAAAUUUAUUAUAUAUUUCUUGAUGGGUUUGGUAUUAUCUGAAAUCUUAGGUUUUGGAACGUCGCUUUAUUCGAUAUUUUUAUUAGUCGUAUUUUUGUUAUAUAAAUGUGUUAAAUCUAUACCAAAAACACAAAGACGUUUGACAGAGAAUUUUUGUAACAACAUAGUUUUUAAUGAUUCCUUUUGAUUACAUUUAUUUUUACAGACGUAUUUGGUUUCCUUCAAAUUUUUGUAAUAUAUGUUUUCAAUCUUGA